GUUUGGUUCCAGAAUCGGCGCGCCAAAUGGCGCCGCCAGGAGAAGAUGGAAGCCACCGCCAUGAAGCUUCACGACACCCCCGUGCUGUCCUUCAGCCGGCCCCCGAUGGCAGCCAACAUGGGCCCGAUGGGCAACGCUCUCCCCUUAGACCCCUGGCUGACCUCCCCCAUCUCCGGUGCCACCACGGUGCACAGCAUUUCGGGAUUGAUGGGCCCCAGCCAGGCCCUCCAGCCCACCUACCCGGCCCACUCCUUCCUCAACAACCCCCCGGCCCUGCCCCAGAGCAUGCAGCCCAUGGCGUAUCCGUGCGCCACGACGUUCGUGGACAAAUACCCCUUGGAGGACCUGGACCAGCGGAAUUCCAGCAUCGCCGCGCUGCGCAUGAAAGCGAAGGAGCACAUUCAGACCAUAGACAAAACCUGGCAGCCCAUUUGA